AUGGUUUCAAGAAAUUAUAAGCCAAGUUUGGAAAAUUCUAGUAUUGAUUUGAAUCGUGAAACAUCAUCAACACCUGUGUUUGAAACCCAACCUGAACAUGAUGACAUUGUGGGGAAUGACCAAACUUCUACACAUUUCUGGGCUCGGAUCGCAGAAUACAACACCAACCAAAAAUGUGAGAAAGCAAGAACUGGAAGGCAAUACAAAGACCAUUGGAGCAAGGUGAAUCAAAAUGUGGCGCGUUUCAAUGAGUGUUAUAAACGAGUAAAACAAACACAUCACAGUGGUUGGUCUGAUGAGAAAAAUCUUGAGAAUGCACAUCAAUUGUACAAAUCUCAAAAUAAAAACUCAAUUUUUCUGCUUGUGGACUGUUGGAGAUUGCUAAAGGAUGAGCCGAAAUGGAAUACCAUGUACCAACCAAAACGUGGUAAGAGAACAAAGGUGUCAGAAUCAAGGGCAUUUACUUCAUCUUCCAAUGCAGACAUCAGUGAUGAUGAAGUACGUGAAGUGCGCCCUACUGGCCAAAAGGCAGCAAAGAGAAAAGGGAAGGAAAAAAAGACACAUACUAGAUUUAUAGACAUUAGUGAACGGAAAGCAUCUGCAUUUGGAGAAAUUGGUGACGAUAAAGGAGAAAGAGGCAGAAGAUAA